AGGAACCUCCGAGUAGAGCUCGUUGGCUCUCUCUCUUCCUCUCUGUGUGCUCUUAGCACUCCAUUCUCAGCUCACUCCCUUCAGUCGCGGUUAACGGGCGUGCGGUUGCCAAGAGAGACGCGCGUGAAGUGCAGCUUGUAGUUUUACGGUAAAGCGGCACGGGAUCGUCCCCGCCAUUUCCUCGAGCCGAGCCCUGGAAUGUCGAACAGUGGCUCGGGCUCUUCCUCGCGGAAGGAGUUCGAUGUGAAACAGAUCCUCCGAAUCCGAUGGAGGUGGUUCGGUCACCCCGCGGUUCCUCCGCCUCACUCCCCGCCACUCGGAGACUACUUCAGCGCGAGGAGAACGGGAGGCAGCCCGGCGGACGGUCCCUCUGUUAACGGCUGUAGCAACUUAAAUUCAGCCGGCGUUAACCCGAGCGCGGGCGGUCACAGCGGACUGGUGGCAAGCGGCAGCGCCGGGUCUAACCUGUGUAAAGGCAGCGGUAGCGGCAGAAAGUUUACUGAUCCGGCGGGGAGUCGGGGAGGUCCGGCUGGAGCGGCAGCUGGAGCCACGGGGAACUCCUGUACCCGCUCCCUCAGCCAGCCAGAGUGCAGGAGCUCCUCCGCGGCGCUCUCCUGGAUUUCCCCGCCGCCCCGUCGCCGCGCUCGUCCGGUGACAAAUAUGGAGCCCCCCGGCGAGGCCCCGGUGCCCCAGCUGGUAGUUGAGCCUUCUGCUCCUGCCGGAGUUGAGGAGGAGGUGGAGCUGGCGGCGGCGGGAGCGACGGGGACCGGGGAGAACAACCACCCAGAAACUGACUCCAGCUCCUGCAGGACGUCUAACAGCAGCGCAACCCUCUCCUCAUGCGUGUCCAUGGAGCCAUGCGCCUGUCCGGAGGAGUCCAUGUUUACUGCAUUGUCUCAUGCUGAUGUCACCUUCCGCAAGAUGGAGGGCUACCUGAAGACCAGGCAGCUGUGUGAUGUGAUUCUGGUGGCUGGAGACAGACGGAUACCUGCACACAGACUGGUUCUCUCAUCCGUGUCAGACUACUUUGCGGCCAUGUUUACCAGCGAUGUGCGGGAGGCCAAGCAGGAUGAAGUGAAGAUGGAAGGAGUGGACCCUGAAGCCUUGUGGGUCCUGGUCCAAUUUGCAUACACAGGCCGUCUCGAGCUGAAGGAGGACACCAUCGAGUCUUUGUUGUCUGCCUCCUGCCUGCUGCAGUUGUCGUCGGUGGUCCAAGCUUGCUGCUCCUUCCUUGUGAAGCAGCUCCACCCCUCUAACUGUCUCGGCAUCCGCUCCUACGCCGACGCCCAGGGGUGCCAUGACCUGCAGAGAGCUGCUCACGCCUACACCAUGGAGCAUUUUCUGGAGGUAGUCGGAGGCCAGGAGUUUCUUGUACUCCCAGUGGAUGAGAUGCAAAGGCUGCUGACAUCUGAUGACAUCAACGUGCCAGAUGAGGAAACCGUGGUGACCUCUUUGCUGAAUUGGGUCAGUCACGAUCCCGCCGCACGGCAGCGCCACCUACCGUCAUUGCUGGCUCACAUCAGACUGCCGCUGCUGCAACCACAGUUCUUAGCUGACCUGGAGUCCAGCCCUCUCCUCUGCGACAGUGUGGAGUGUCAGCGACUCCUGAUGGAGGGGAUGAAGUAUCACCUCCUGCCACAGCGCCGGCCCCUGCUUCAGAGUCCUCGCACGCGGCCUCGGAAGGCCACGGUUGGGGCCAUGUUUGCUGUGGGCGGCAUGGACGCUUCAAAAGGUGCCACAAGUAUCGAGCAGUACUGUCUGCGUCGGGACACGUGGAGACAGGUCGCCACCAUGAGCGGACGGAGACUGCAGUUUGGUGUAGCUGUCCACGACGGCCGCCUCUACGUGGUCGGAGGCCGAGAUGGCCUCAAGACCCUCAACACAGUGGAGUGUUACAAUCCACACAGCAAAACCUGGAGCGUCAUGCCUCCCAUGUCCACACACAGGCACGGCUUAGGUGUGGCUGUCCUAGAGGGGCCUAUGUAUGCAGUGGGAGGACAUGACGGCUGGAGCUACCUCAGUACAGUGGAAAGGUGGGACCCUCAAGCUCGUCAGUGGAGUUUUGUUGCAAGCAUGGCUACACCCAGAAGCACAGUGGGAGUAGCUGUUCUCAAUGGCAAGCUGUAUGCAGUAGGAGGUCGUGACGGCUCAUCCUGCCUGCGAUCAGUGGAGUGCUUCGACCCCCACACAAACAGGUGGACCAGUUGUGCUCCAAUGGCUAAAAGGCGUGGCGGUGUGGGAGUGGCCACGUGGCACGGUUUCCUGUACGCCAUUGGAGGUCAUGACGCUCCGGCAUCAUCCCUGGCAUCUCGAUUGAGUGACUGCGUGGAAAGAUAUGACCCCCAGACAGAUGUUUGGACCACGGUAGCCCCCAUGAGCGUCAGCAGGGAUGCUGUUGGUGUUUGUCUCCUCGGAGACCGUCUCUAUGCUGUGGGCGGUUAUGACGGUCAGGUGUACCUCAGUACUGUUGAAGCCUAUGACCCUCAGACGAAUGAGUGGACCCAGGUGGCCCCGCUGUGCCUGGGCAGGGCAGGUGCCUGUGUGGUGGCCGUCAGGCUGUGACAACAGUAACACCAAUGAUCAAGAUGACAGACUAUCUGCACAAAACGUGGCUCAGAGACAGAACUCGCUGCAUCCGCUGAUGCUGAAGAGACUCAGAGUGAAGCAAGCUGCCUUCAGCGAGGAGUGAGAUGGCGAUUCCUGGGCUCUCUGCAGGUUUUCCUCAGACAUUUUAAUGCACACCAGUCAGUCAGUUUCUAGAGAUAGAUUAGGGCAGACAAAUCUUCGCAUCCUGAUAACUUUAUCUGAGAAAUACAGAACAAGUGUCUUAGGGGUUCAUUUUUCCGUCAACAUUCUCACUUGUGUAGUAUAAACCUACACACCUGCUAGCUGGUUUGUUUCUGCUUACAAAGAGGUAAGACAGAGAAAGCAGGACCGUCAGGACUUUCCCUACAAAAUCUGAUUGUAUGCAUUGAUGCAAUUUUUAAUAAGCAACCUGUUCUUUUUGUGCUGCGGUUGGCAGAUACAUUGCUGCUCUGGUUUGCCCGCUGUCAGAUGAAAGCGAGAGUUUUGACAUAAUCAGCACAACCUCAUAAACAGCUAUUCUGUGAGAAACUGAAAUACGUUACGCUUUAUUGGUUGCUUCUUAGUGUCUGGCACGCUGCUGCGCCUCCGAUUUGGGUACCUUUAGGGGAAUUGUUUUUAGGAAGUUCUCUGGGAAAAUUACCCUUACUUUUGUAUUUCUUUUUACCUGCAUACUUUAUUUUUUUCAUGCCAAUUAAGCAGUGUUAAUGGGUUUACAGCACGAGUCCUAGGAAGAACACAGUGGCUCAGCCUUGAUCCCUGCAGGGAUAAUUAGUUUUCAACGUCCCCCGUAGCACAAGGCCAGCUAUUUACAGGCUUGGUUUUUAAACAAGGUCCAUUGAGCUUUUCAUUUUACAAGCCAAGAUAUUUUUUCCCCCCUCGACUGUUAGUGCUUUUUUCAUUGUCGGUUUGUGUGUGUCUGCUGGUGCUGCAUGUGCAGAGUUUUGCAGGGAGUGUUUUUUUAUUAUUAUUAUUUUUUAUCUUAAAUGAGAAUCUUCUCCCUUUUCCUCCUCUCUCUUUCCCCAUCCUCAGUUCCCUGCUGCAUAGACACACACACACACAGAUGCUUUCCCCAUUUUGUUUGGUAACAGACCCAGAUAGCCAGGCAGAAGUAAACAGCAGACCUCGUAAUGAGGCCACAAAUUGAAUAAUGUUGACAUGUUUUUGUUACAUGCCACUUUCAAAGAAUUAGCAAGAAACCCGAGUAGCACAAACGUGCGCGACAGCUACUUCAUGGCAUGCAUCGUUUUGUUUCAUGUCUGCUAUAAAGGGAGGAAACUGACAGUGACAGCAUAGACACGGAUCUCGAGCUAAUGUACCACAGAGGAUACACUUCACAUUCACACAUCUCACGUGAACCAACACACAAGUAGAGCGCCCCAGGAGCCGGUGAAGACUGAAAGGCCACCCAAAUUUGCCAGCAUGACAUCUGUAGAGGCUGACAUGGGCAGGUUGCAAUG